AUGGCGACAGUCCCCACGAGCUUGCCUGCGACUGAUAACGCGGCCGUCGCUACAGGGUCACAAGUUAACGGUCAAGCAACUGCCGCGCAAAAUACAACUCAGCAGUCUAACUCCAAUGUCUCAUCCGUCAACUGGGAGUCCGAGCUCCAGCUGGUGUCAUCGCUCGCAAAGCUCCAAGAAUUGGAACGUAAGAUCCAUGAGCUGCGCCAAUUAGUGCCUGACGGCCUUUUGGAACCACUGGGGCCCAUGUCGUCAAACCACAACCAUAACCCCAUCAAUCUAGCUAACGACUCCCCCGGCCAGCUCCGUGGCGACUUGGACCGAACGGCGCGCUCUCGGUUGACCGAGAUCGAGCAAUUCCAGAAUCUGUGGCGCGGCCCCGAGAUGAAACCAGUCUGGGAACGCGUAGAGGCCCGUAUCCAAGAGUCUAAGGGCCAGCCCCUCCAACCGACAGGUAAAUGGGAGCGAGACUAUGACGUGCUUUUUGAGACGAUGGUCCAGGCGCAGAAAGCGAAAGAGGAGACGCGUUUGCAAGAAGAGGAAGAUGCGGAGCGCACGAAGGCGCAGUCUUCUGAUAGCGAAUGGCAGGCUGUUGUCGAGCGUUUCAAUCAACGGAAUGUGCCAGGUGUGCGGGUUGUCCGCAGACCCGAACCGCAGUCGCUGGCGAUUGCGCUUGUCAAGGCUGGAAUGGUCUUCCGCCUGGAGGGUAUUAAAGAGUCUGGCGUGAGUGGCGUGGAUGCGUGGGAGGUUACUAGCGGAUUGCCGUCGGGAAAGACGCCCACGAAAUUCGAGGCUACGGUGCUGAAGUGUCUGAAUGCGCGGCCGCGGAAAUGGGAUCUUGCAUUCUUGCUGGACAUGCUCUCUUCCUACGCAGAUGUCAAGAACACUAUAUGUGUAAAAUGCGGCAAAUUGACGAACAAUGCAGCUCAACUGCCAGUCAUCCGCCAAGCACAAUCUACUCAUCUUCCCCCGGGAGUGCCUCGCACAUAUACAUUUGAUGCCUUCCAUUCAGCCUGUAUUUGA